UUUCUGGUUCCAGUACUUCUUCUUCUUCGCUUAAAGCUCGACAUUCAUGUCCGAAUCGUGAAACGGAAAUUCGAACUUCGCAAACCUGAAAAAUCUGAAAUGGCGAAAAGUUUCAAUCUCAUUCCUAAAUCCAUUUUCACUCGCCAUAGUAAAAAACCUCCCAAGCUCCGACCACUCGCUUCUUCCCGACUCUUCUGCUCCGAACCUGAACCAGAAUCCGACAUCGUCCGACAAUCUGACGAGGUUUCGUCCAACCUCAGAGAAGAAGACGAACGCCAUGAACAAGUACAAAAGCUUCAGUCUCUUCUCCAACAGGGCCGUACGGACACCGCCCGUCGGCUGAUCAAAUCCCUCGUCGCCUCAAAAUCGCCUUUUUCUUCGCCGUCCGAUCUCUUCUAUCUCCUCUCUCUCUCCUCACCCCCCAUGAAACCCGCUUUCUCGAGCAUGCUCAUGUCGGCUUGUUUGGAGUCCAGAAUGAUCGCCGAAGCCAUGGAAUUGUACGCCCUGACGAGGAAAGAAGGUACGUUUCCUUCCUUGGCUUCGUUUAACUUGCUUCUAGAAACUUUGAUCUCCUCCAAACAGUAUGGUAAAGCGCUUGAAUUGUUCUAUGAGAUCGUUGAGUCGCGUUUUCGACCCGAUAGGUUUACGUAUGCAAAGGCGAUUCAGGCUUCAGUUAAGUUGGGGGAUUUGAAGAAGGCUGGAGAGUUGUUGAAUGGGAUGAAGAGGAUUGGGAUGAGCCCCAAUGUGUUUAUUUACAAUGUGAUGCUUGGUGGGUUGUGUAAAGAGAGGAGAAUUAGGGAUGCGGAGAAGGUGUUUGAUGAAAUGUCUGAGAGAAAUGUGGUUCCGAAUUUGGUUACCUAUAACACGCUUAUUGAUGGGUAUUGUAAAGUGGGAGAAUUGGAGAGGGCUUUUGGGUUGAGAGAGAGGAUGAAGGGUGGUAAUGUGGGGAUGAAUCGGGUCACUUACAAUGCGCUGCUCGGCGGGCUUUUUCGCGAGGGGAAAAUGGUCGAGGCUAAGCAGCUUUUGGGAGAGAUGGAAGCUAGUGGGUUUUUGCCGGAUUGUGUUACGUAUAGUGUGCUUCUUGAUGGUCAUUCCAAGUGUGGUGAUGUUGAGGCAUCGCUGGCUGUGUUUGAGGAAGCAGUGAAGAGAGGAGUCAGUUUUAAUAAGUAUAUUUUCGGAAUUCUUUUGAAUGGUUUGUGCAAAGAAGGGAAAAUGGAAAUGGCCGGGGAGGUUGUGAUUAAGCUGAGGAAAAAUGGGCUUGCUCUGGAUGAGGUAAGUUAUAACACUAUGGUGAAAGGAUAUUGUAAAAGAGGUGACAUAGGAAGAGCGAUUUCAACCGCUGAGGAAAUGGAAAUUCGGGGGUUGAGACCCAAUUGCAUCACUUUUAAUACUUUGAUUGACAAGUUUUGUGAAAUGAAGGAGAUGGAUAAGGCAGAGGAAUUGGUUAAGAAGAUGGUAAAGAAGGAAGUUUUCCCAGAUGUAGCAACUUAUAACACCCUUAUCAAUGGCUAUGGACAAAUGCGCGACUUCGACAAGUGUUUUCUCAUUCUCGAACAAAUGGAGAAUGAAGGGGUCAAGCCAAAUGUUGUGAGCUAUGGUUCUCUCAUAAAAAGUUUAUGUGGGGAUGGUAGGCUUCUUGAAGCUGAAAUAAUCUUGAGGGAUAUGGUAAGCGGAGGGGUUACACCAAAUGCACAGAUAUAUAACAUAAUUAUUGAUGGCAAUUGUACAGCGCGAAAAUUGAAAGAUGCUGCCAGAUUCUUUGAUGAGAUGAUUAAAAUUGGGAUAAGUCCAACACUGGUAACCUACAAUGCGCUCAUCUAUGGGCUUUGCAGAAAAGGAAGGCUAACAGAAGCUGAAGACUUGGUUUCUCAAAUUACAAAUAAUGGAUUUAGUCCUGAUGUUAUCACAUACAAUUCCCUAAUUUCAGGUUAUUCUGAUGCAGGGAACACCCAGAAAUGUCUCGAGGUAUAUGAAAACAUGAAGAGAUUGGACAUUAAGCCUACGUUAAAAACCUAUCACCCUCUAAUAACUGGAUGUUGCCAGGAAGAGCAUGACGAUGCCCAAAAGGCAGUCUCUCUGCAAACGGAGAUGGUAGACCGGGGAUUCAACGCUGACAAGAUGACCUACAAUAGCUUGAUUCUGGGGCAUUUCGUAGGAGGAAAGUCAUCGGCGGUAAACGACAUUGUGAACGAUAUGAAGGCUAAGGGAGUGGUUCCUAAAGCUGAUACCUAUAACUUACUUGUGAAGGGAUAUUGUGAACUAAAGGACUUUACAGGGGCAUAUUUUUGGUGCAGAGAAAUGUUUGAGAAUGGAUUUCUUCUAAAUUCCAGGACAUUCAAUGAGCUAAUCUCUGGCCUUCAACAGGAGGGUAGGUUGUUGGAAGCCCAAAUUGUGAGCUCUGUAAUGAGUGACAAUAGAAGAGACAAUUGCGGCUCCACUGAGGCUUUAUAUGCCUCUGCCAUAGUGUAGGAAACAGAUGUUCAACUAUGGAAAGGUUUAUUCAUAUAUGCCUGAGGUUCUAUAUGCCUCUGCCAAAGUGUACUCGGAUUUGUACACUAUAAAAUAGAACUUGGUCAGAUACCCCCAUACAACAAAAUGCUCGGUAAACAAGCGGCCGAUGCUCCUCCCCAUCGGGAUAAGGAUGUAUCUCGUUUUUUAUAUCAAACAUUGCCAUAACUAGGUUUCAAGAUCUUCCUCGUUCCACAUUUUAAGCAUGUUGUAUUGGUACCAGCUUCAUAAUGUUGAGGUAAGCAAAAAGUCCUUAUCUGACUUUAAGCCCCGAGGGCACAAUUUUUCUCACAAAAGUUAGUCUUGAAUUGCAAGAGAGAUGGUAAUGCGUUGAAUUGUCAAUGCAUUACCGGUCAUUCAGUUUCAAAUUGUUGGGAUUAUCAGACCCAUCAUUUUGUUCCUACUUGAUGAAUCCCUUGCUAAUUUGUCUGCAGAUACAGAAUUUACGUACAGGAUAUUCCGAGGCUUUUUGGAUAGCCUUGCAUGUGACGUUCACUAGUUUAUGCGGUUUGCAUUGUUGGGUGAUUGGACGGUUGUGAUUGAUGCCUUUGCUGUGUCUCUUUGUAUCUCAACGCUUUGUUUAAAUCAGUUUCUAGCAAAA